AUGCAUAUAAAAGACGACUUUCGCCCUCUUGUUUUUGUCACUGGUGCCUCUGGAUAUCUCGGCUCUGUUGUCGUCAACGAACUCCUCGAAGCAGGCUACCCAGUCAGAGGAGCCGCUCGUGGCCGCAAAGUUGCAGCCAUCAAAGAAGCUUUUGCUAAAUACCCAUCGUUUGAAGCUGUUGAAAUCGCCGAUGUCGCAACUGCUGACUACACCGAUAUACUGGCUGGCGUCGGCGCCAUUAUCCACACCGCAGCCCCACUCCCUGGCCGUGUUGAAGGCGAAGCGGCGUUUACAAGUGCUAUCGAUGGGUCUUUGAACAUUCUCCGCGCUGCCAAUAAGGCUGGAAUAUCCAGAGUCGUGGUCACAGGCUCUACAGUGUCGUUCCCGGAGAACAAAUUUGGCCCAGAUGAUUGGGUUGCUGUGACCAAAGAAGAGGCACUCAAAGGAAGCGCUAUUGAGCUUUACGUCGCCGAAAAAAAAUAUAGCGAGCAAGCCAUCCUCGAGUUCGCGAAAGAACAUGCGCAAAUGGAUAUCACAAUCUUCAACCCGCCAUGGAUUUUUGGUCCCCUUGCUCCAGGAUUUGAAUCGCUCAUUCCCACUCCUAAUGGCGCAUACGCAUCUUUCUCUGCGAAUGGUUUCGUAUAUCAGCUCCUUCGCGCGGACAAUACAAGCUACCAUUAUUCUCCCGGAACAAUAGACCACUCUCUCCCCCUCACGCCCAAUGGCACUCGACCCCGUCGUCUUGCGAUUGUCUCCCCUUACCAGACCGACUUCCGAGAUGCCAUCAAAUAUAUUCAGGAUGAGCGUCCAGAACUUAGCAAUCGUCUUGCUGAUCCUGAGACUGUACCCCGCUGGUCGACUUAUAAGCUCGAUGUGGACUUGUCGCCGAUAGAAGAGUUCUUUGGAUAUCCCAUUUCGGCGUUCAAGACCUGGCGGGAAACCAUUCUUGAUACUAUCGAUCGGUUCAUCGAAAUAGAGAAUAAUUGGAGGGGUGCAGGUUACGAGUUUGAAGUUCCAAAGCAGCCACCGAUGUGA